AUGAAUCUGAUGAUAAAUUGGAGGAGGAAGAAGAAGAAUAGCAGGGGAAGAAUGGAACGCAUCCUGUAA